ACUUAAAGUGAAAUAGAUAACAUAUUCAAAGUUUGGUAAAAAUGAGAAAGAAAAUUUUAGUGCAAUCCAGUACAAGAAUGGAAAACAAGUCAUAUAUAUUAGAUUUGCUUUAUUGCGCAGUGGAGAGUAGAUGUGAUGAUUGAAAUUAGAAGAUUGAAACUUUCGCAACGACUUUACUACCCAGCUUCAAGGCGUGCCUAGUCCAUAGGCUCGCCCGCCGAGCUGUUCCGGCUCAAGACAGCGGAGAGAUGUCGAUACGGAUGAUAGUCCAUCGUCUUGUGCAAAAUGGUCGCGUCAUAUUGCGCUCAUUACGAAAUAACGAGCGCUUCUGUUCAAGAGGAUACGCGGAUAAGUACAUCAACAAGAUACACGUUGCACAAACAGGUAAAUCUCAGAACAGUGGCCUUUUUUGCCAAAAUGAUAGCAAUGUAUGGAGUACAGGAAAACAUCUCGGUUAUUUGGGAACACAUGCUCGGCGUAUCUUUGUUAACAAUAUUCUGAAAAGAGUAACUAACAGUCUUGCAGCAGAUUUAAGAAGACGUACAGCAAGUAGGCUUGUUUUUGGUGAUUCUGCACCAUUCUUUGCUCUUGUUGGUACAUCGUUAGCAUCAGGUACAGGAAUAUUAACAAAAGAUGAUGAGCUGGAAGGAGUAUGUUGGGAAAUACAGGAAGCUGUUUCAAAAUUGCAAUGGAAUAUGCCACAAAAUGAUAAAAAUUAUCAAGUUAUUUCUGAUAAUGAGAAUGAUAUAACGUUACAAAAUUUUGUAAUAGGACCUAUAAUUGCUAAAGGUUGUUCCGCUGCUGUAUACGCAGCACGAUUUGUAAAUACUGUGCAAGAUAAAGAUAAUUCAAUAAAUAUUGAUAAUGAAACAAAGGAUAUGAAUAUAUUUCCAUUAGCUAUAAAAAUGAUGUUCAAUUAUGAUGUGGAAUCCAAUGCUGCUGCUAUUCUGAAAGCCAUGUAUAGAGAGAUAGUACCUGCUAGAAAACGUUAUGGAAAUAAUUCAUUGACUUUUUGGGAACAAAAAUUGGCAGAAAAUACAGCUAUACUACCACCUCAUCCAAAUAUUGUAGCAAUGUAUUGUGUCUUUGCUGAUAGAAUACCAAUACUACCUGGUUCUUGGAGGAUGUAUCCCGAUGCUUUACCAAGUAGAAUCAAUCCUCAUGGAUCAGGCAGAAAUAUGAGUUUGUUUUUGGUGAUGAAAAGAUAUAGUAUGACUUUGAAACAAUAUAUAACGGAUCGAAACAUUGAUAUGCGGAUAUCAAUAUUAUUGCUCGCUCAACUCUUAGAAGCAGUAGCUCAUAUGAAUGCAAAUGGCAUAGCGCAUCGAGAUCUGAAAAGUGACAACAUUUUACUCGAUCUAUCAGAAGAAACUGAUAAUUCUCCAUCUCUAGUUGUAACGGAUUUUGGCUGUGUUUUGGCCGAGUAAAAAUCAUGGACUAUACUUGCCUUACAACACUCAUG